AUGACAUGCUCACCAGUUCGCUUGAAUACCUUUACUCUUUUAUUACUUCUUUUCAAUACCGGUACGGAAGCAGGACUCAUAAACAUAUUUGCGGGUGCGAUUAACAUCGCAGCUAGAGUGGUGACUACUUUGACACCAUCAUCGGGAAUCUUUUCUUACACCGCGAAUAAGUUAAUCGGCUAUUCAUUAACGACUGUCGCCGGGAUUGUAGAUAAAAUCUGUACAAUAGGGCUCAGAAUCAAGAGGCAUAUAUGGUGGAGCGAAGUGGAUUUGACGCAUAUAAAAUUUCAACUGCGCACGGCCUGUUCGAAAUACACGUACUCUUUAAGGGAUGCGUGGAAACUGCUGAAUAAUUCCGACUUCCAUCCGAGUCGGAAAGUGGUCAUUAUGGUCAGCGGUUGGACGCAAACAGUAAAUCAUUCGGACACCAUCGACAAAAUGGCCAAAGUGUUUAACUGUCGUGGCGAUGUUAAUUUUCUGGCACUUGAUAUGGACCAAUACCUGAACACCUUCUACAUUUGGGCUGUGCAGAAUACGGACAGCAUUGCCUUAGGUCUAGCACAGGGCCUCACAAUGUUGAAGGAAGUGAUACCAAUUAAGAAUAUACAACUAAUCGGUCAUAGUUUGGGUGCGCAUAUUGUCGGUCAUGCCGGUCGUUAUUUCACGGAGAGAACGGGCGAAAAGUUACCAUACAUCACCGGUUUGGAUCCGGCGAAGACAUGUCUAGCUGCAGAACAAAGGAUUGGAAGAGAUGACGCGCAUAGAGUCGAAAUACUGCAUACGAAUCCCGGUGUGUUGGGCAUCGCUGAGCCUUUGGGCCACAUUGACUUAUAUGCGUCAUUCCUACGUCCAUACGCCAAUGGCUGCCGGGAUGUUGUCUGUUCGCAUAUGCGUGCUGUGGACUAUUACGUGGAGUUUCUUUAUCCGGGCAAUAAAAGCGGUUUCCUUGCCAAGCGAUGCGCUUCGUGGGAGCAUUUGCGUGCCGAGCAAUGCACAGGCAAAAAUUAUGCUAUGGGAAAUAUAGAUUUCCGCGUUCGUGGGGAGAUAUUCGCUUUGGAUUUGAAUCCACGGUCGCCAUUUGGUAGGGACAGUCUAUCGAAAUAUGGCUCGCGGCGGUGGGAUUGUGGUCUGUGUCAGAGGUAG